AUGGCGACGCUCUGUGGCGCAACUAUCCGACUCUCGGCACCGCAUGGAGGUAUGUCGUACGCAUUGUACGAGUCGGAGACGGACACACUCAACAAAUACGAUCUAAAAAUUGGUGGCGGCGACUUCUCCGCCUCUGGUCCGCUCAUCUCGGGCGAGACGUAUGCCAUAGGCGACACAACGGCCGACAUCUCGUUUCCUACUCGACUGCCCCUUCAGCCUGGCAAGUACUACGCGCUCAUGUUGAGCCUGACCAACUCGGCAUCGUUCUAUCGCUACAGCGGAAGCCUGCCGUCGAGCCAAUGCUCUGGCGCCUUUGAAAUCCUGCAUGGCAUCAGCAAGAAGAACCAAGGCCUUCCAGCCAAGCUCACGAGCUACUCUUCAAACACAGACGCGCCUGUCAUGAACUUGACCAUCUGUCCGUCAUGCUUGCCGGUGCCGACUGCUCCGAUCGAUGGCACUGUCUCCAUCACCGCCGACUACACCGACCGGCUCUUCCACGGCGACACGGCUACCUGUCUCGGGUGCGACGGCGUGCCGAUCCCGCUUGGCGGCGCCUACUUUGAUGCCUGCGGCGUGUGCGGCGGCCCGGCUGUCGGCUCGUGCCUCGCCACUUGUGACAACUCCUCAGCAGUCACGGUCGUCUUUGACUGUGCUGGCGUGUGCAACGGGAGUGCCAUCAUCGACGAAUGCGGCGUGUGCGUCGGUGGGACUACCGGUCGGCCGGCGCUUAUGCACCUUGAUUCCUGUGGGGAUUGCUUUGCCCGCUGCGAAGGCUGCUCCAGCGGAACGGCCGAUGUCUGCGGCGUGUGUGCCGGCGACAACUCGACCUGUAUUGGCUGCGAUGGCUUUGGCGGUGUGGUUGACGCCUGCGGAGAGUGCGGCGGGAACGGGACAUCGUGUAUCCAAUCAUGCAAUCCGGCUCUCGGCCCCUAUGCCACCUUCGACUGCGCCGGUGUCUGUGGCGGCAGCGCGUCCAUCGACAGCUGUGGCAUGUGCACCGGCGGGACAACCGGCAUCGCGCCGAACAUCUUCCUGGAUGCUUGCGGAGUGUGCUUUGGUGGCAAUGCAGGUCGCGACUCGUGCGGCGUGUGCUUUGGUGGUAACGCCGAUCGCGACGCCUGCCAGGUCUGCUUUGGUCGUAACGCUGCGCGCGAUAGCUGCGGAGUUUGCUUUGGUGGCGGACGGCUUGAGGACGCGUGUGGCGUGUGCUAUGGAAACUCGACGAGCUGCGCUGGAUGCGACGCGGUGCCCAACUCGGGCGUGGUUAUCGACGGCUGCGGCGUGUGUGGUGGUAACGGAGCCACGUGCGAGCAGGCGUUCCAGGCAACGCCCGGCAUCCGUGAUCCCGAGGUCAUUGCCAUUGCGUCGUCGUCGGCCGCCGGUUGCGUGGCUCUCGCUUUUGCCUUUCUCGUCCUCGUCCGCAUUCGCCGCCGUAGAGCUCACGCGGCGUACCUCCUAGGGAAGAUGGCGGACCAGAACGCGCCGGACGGGCGACUGGCGGUCCUCAUUUCAGACGUCCAGAGCUCGACCAUGCUCUGGGAGGCGUAUCCAGAAGCGAUGGCGGACGCCAUCGACAUGCACAACGCCACCUUCCGCAGUGCCAUUGCGCAGCACAACGGAUACGAGGUGCGGACCGAGGGCGACUCUUUUGUGGUUGUCUUCCGCGACGCGGUCUCGGCGGUACGUGCCGCCAUCACCAUCCAGGAGAGGCUGAUGGAGCUACCGUGGCCGGCGGCCAUCCUGGACGAUGAGACGCUGGUCUCCCAGAACGGGCCGGGUGCGAUCUGGCACGGGCUGCGUGUGCGGAUGGGCAUCUCUAUGGCCGAGCCAAGCCGCGAGUUUGUGGAGCGGACUCAGCGGUUUUCAUAUGAGGGCCCUGAUAUGGUCGACGCGCAAUCGGUGGGCGACUGUGGGGUUGGCGGCCAGAUUGUGGUCGACGCCGAUGUGGUGGCCGGCUGCGCCCGAACCGAGCUCGACUUCACCCAUCUUGGACGCUACACUUGCGGAUCGGCUCGGGGAGAAAUAGUAACCCGCAGCUUCGAGCUGUACGAGGCGGUCAUUCCUCGGCUGUCAGCGGGGCGGUGCUGUGGUGGCCAGCUGCGUGGCAUGACGCCCGUUGUUGGCGCUCAGCUGCCGCCUCCGAUCGCGCGGUUGUCGUCGUCGCUUGCCUCGUCGUCAACGGUCUCGUCGUCGACAUCGUCAUCGUCAUCGUCAUCGUCAUCGUUGCCCGACAAAGACGUCUGCGCGCCGCCGUCGGCUUACGCGCAUUUGGAGAUCGACAUCCAGUCGGAUAUGGUGGAUGACAUCGAGACGUCAUUCUCGCCCGUCGCCAGCUCGCCGGAAUACAGGGCGUCGGCGGUGGCGCGGAUCCGGACAUCGACCGGGCGGUCAGGGAUGCGGUCCGGCAGUAGAGGCCUGCUCUCGCCGCACUCUGCAAGCUCACCGCGGGUGCGGUCGGCCGACGAUGCGGUGCCGACGCUGCAGUACCCGUCGGAUGAGGCUGGCGACUCGGGCUCUGACCUGUGGUCGAACGCAUCGCCGGCGAAAACGCGCGGCUUCUCGCGCAUCCAGGCUGCCUUUAACAGCCUUGAGUCGUCUGAGGGCAUACUCAUUGCCAACGGGCAAGUUGACCUCUCGGACUCGACGUUGUCGGAAGAAGCGGUUUCCGACGUGCCGCCUCGGCGAUCGUCGCCACCGCAGUCCUUAGCCAAUGCGCUCAACCGGACGGCGCCAGCGAUGGCAGGCUUUCCGAAGACUACGACGUCGAAGCUGUCGACGCGGGCUGUGGCCGAGUGA